UCGAAAAUCAACAAAAGAAGCUACGAGAAGCAGGCGAAGGAAAGAGAGAUGAUGAUGAUGGGCGAAGGAGUUUACCGCAAUCCGACGGUGGACGUGCCGCCCUGGUCACCGUUUGACGAUCAGUUCCAGUUAUCCGCUGCAGGGGACUACGUUCUGAGCGACGCGGCGAUUUCGGCACUCCGGCGAUAUUUGCCUGCGAAUGAGGUGGAGCCUGAACCCGACGCCGACGAGGGGGCAGAGCUUACCGAUCCGCCGAUCGACGCGUACUCAUGCGACGAGUUUCGAAUCUAUGAGUUCAAGGUACGUCGAUGUGCGCGGGGGCGGUCGCAUGACUGGACCGAAUGCCCCUACGCCCAUCCCGGAGAAAAGGCUCGCCGCCGGGAUCCGAGAAAGUUCCACUACUCUGGAGUGGCGUGCCCUGACUUUCGCAAAGGGAGCUGUAAAAGAGGCGAUGCCUGCGAAUUCGCACACGGAGUGUUCGAGUGUUGGCUUCACCCAGCAAGGUAUCGGACACAGCCUUGUAAGGACGGGACGGCAUGCCGCCGUCGCGUUUGCUUUUUCGCGCACACGCCGGAGCAGCUAAGGUAUUUGCCGCAUCAGAAGCAGCAGAGGAUUGAUUCGUACGACGGUUCUCCGUUGCGGCUGGAUGGCUACUUUUCGAAGGGUAUUGUGUCGUCCUCUCCAACAUCGACGCUGAUCUCGCCGCCUAUGUCACCACCGGCUGAGUCUCCACCGGUUUCACCCAUGGGGUCAAGGGUGAACGAGUUACUUGCGUCAAUAAAGAAGUUGCAGAUUAGUAAAGUGAACUCUAUGCCAAGCUCAUGGGGUGGCUUGGUGUCUCCUGGUGUUGGGCUUAGAUCGGGUUUUCAUAGCUUGCCGUCGACGCCAACGAAGGCUCCGGCGGCUGUUGGUAGAGGAUGGCUGGAUUUGGAUGGGUGUCCUGAGACGGAGGAGCCGGUGGAGAGGGUGGAGUCUGGGCGGGCACUUCGGGCCAAGAUAUACGAGAGGCUAAGCAAGGAGAGCGGGCUGGAACGUCCCAACAUCAGCCCGAAUCCUGAUGUCGGGUGGGUUUCUGAGCUCAUCAUGUGACGCAGAAUAAAAAAAAAACUUAAAAAAGAAGCAGCUUCUAUGUUUUUUUCCUGUGCAUAUAGUUUAAAAAUCUAAAAAAGCGUAGAUUUGUGAAGGUGGUGGAGAUGGAGGUUUUGUUUUGGGAAUUUUGAAGUAACAACCAAAAAAAAAAAGAACAGAAGAAAAAAAAAAAGCAUUUUGUGUACAGAGAAGAGGAGGAAGAAGAAGAAGAUGAUGGGCACAGUUCGUAGCUUGCGAAUCUUGCGAUGGCUUCUAGCUGGUGGCGACGCAUCACAACCUAAGGGAAUUUGAAGUUCUUGAUUCUAAUUCAUGCUUAAGCAUUAUUAUUAUCUAUUCUACCGUUUUCUAUGUCAUAUUUUGUUUUAUUUUGCUCUGUUUAAUUAAAGUUCUUAUAUGCUGAUGUAAUCUGUAACUAAUGCUUGAAGUUAAUGCAAUGUUUAUGUUUGAUUAUCAAAA